CCACACAUCAGACCAGGCCUUGCCCGCGCGCUCUCGCUCGCUUCUUUUCCCAAGGCCCAAGGACCUUCGUAGCUAAAACCUUUCUUCCCCGCAGACAACUUCUCUCCUCCUCCUCGUCAAAAGAGCUCUUGAACUUUUUCUUUAUCUGCCGCCGCCGUUCCUGUCCAGCUUUCCCAAAACCUUCCACACCUCCCAUUGUCUUGAAAUCAAAGCCUUGUCUUCCGACCCAAGCCAUCUCGGGAGCUUCUCCAAGCUCCGACGUCUUCACAUUUCCACCGCGUCGCCUUGGUUACGGGUGAGUGCUUUCUACAUAUUUGCGUCAUCCAAGCUCCCAUUGAGUCUGGGGCCACGAUGCAAACUUCCCAGACUCCUUUUCUACCUUCGUCCCCACGCCCAACCCUCAUUUCGAAGCUGUCCGUCUCUCCCACUAACUGACUCUUCCCCCGGCUCAGCACUUCCAGAUUGCCUUUCAGUCACCAUGUCCGACUUCCCCCAAGGUCAGCGGGACAACAACGACCGCCCUGCCCGCGAUGUGAAGAACCAUCUGCUAUUCGAAAUCGCAACCGAGGUUGCCCAUCGAGUCGGUGGUAUCUACUCGGUCCUCAAGUCCAAAGCUCCCGUGACCACGGCCGAGUAUGGCGAUCGCUAUACUCUCAUCGGGCCCUUGAACCACAACUCGGCCGCAGUCGAGGUGGAAGAGUUGGAGCCCACGAACCCCGAGCUUGCUGCUACGAUUCAGUCCAUGAGAGACCGUGGAAUUGGCAUCCUCUACGGCCGCUGGCUCAUCGAUGGCGCUCCCCGAGUCCUGCUCUUCGACACAAAGACUGCUUACCACUUCAUGGAUGAGUGGAAGGCCGACCUGUGGAACGUGGCUAGCAUCCCUUCGCCGCCCAGCGAUGACGAGACAAACGAAGCUGUUGUUUUUGGAUACGUCGUCGCCUGGUUCUUGGGAGAGUUUGUGUGCCACGAGAAGAAAAGAGCCGUCAUUGCGCAUUUCCACGAGUGGCUCGCCGGUGUCGCUCUGCCGCUCACCAAGAGACGCCGCAUCGACGUGACGACAAUCUUCACUACCCACGCAACCCUCCUGGGAAGAUACCUCUGUGCCGGAUCCGUUGACUUCUACAACAACCUCCAAUGGUUUGAUGUUGACGCCGAGGCCGGAAAGCGCGGUAUCUACCACAGAUACUGCAUCGAGCGCGCCGCCGCCCACUCCUGCGAUGUCUUCACCACUGUCUCACACAUCACCGCAUACGAGAGCGAGCAUUUGCUGAAGAGGAAACCCGACGGUGUGCUGCCCAACGGUCUCAAUGUUACCAAGUUCUCCGCCAUGCACGAGUUCCAGAACCUGCAUCAACAAGCCAAGGAAAAGAUUCACGACUUCGUCCGCGGCCACUUCUACGGCCACUACGACUUCGACCCCGAGAACACGUUGUACUUCUUCACCGCCGGCCGUUACGAGUUCAGAAACAAAGGUGUCGAUAUGUUCAUCGAGUCCCUCGCCCGCCUGAACCACCGCCUCAAGAGCGCCGGCAGCAAGAUCACUGUCGUUGCCUUUGUGAUCAUGCCAGCGCAGACCACGUCGCUCACCGUCGAGGCACUCAAGGGACAGGCCGUCAUCAAGUCGCUGCGCGACACUGUCGAUGUCAUUGAAAAGGGCAUUGGUCGUCGCAUCUUUGAGCGCUCCCUCAAGUGGCACGACGGUGACCCGAUGCCCGAUGACAAGGAGCUCAUCAGCGCGCAAGAUCGUGUACUCAUCCGUAGGCGGCUGUUCGCGAUGAAGCGCCACGGCCUGCCGCCCAUCGUUACCCACAACAUGCUCAACGACAGCGAGGACCCCGUACUGAACCAGAUCAGACGUGUCCAGCUCUUCAACCACCCCACAGACCGUGUCAAGAUUGUCUUCCACCCCGAAUUCUUGAACUCGGCCAACCCUGUCCUGCCCCUGGACUACGACGAGUUCGUGCGCGGCACGCACAUGGGUAUCUUUGCUUCGUACUACGAGCCUUGGGGAUACACCCCGGCCGAAUGCACAGUCAUGGGUGUUCCUAGCAUCACGACCAACCUGUCCGGCUUUGGGUGCUACAUGGAGGAGUUGAUUGAGAACUCGAGCGACUACGGUAUCUACAUUGUGGACCGCCGGACCAAGGGCGUUGACGACUCGGUCAACCAGCUCACCAACCACAUGUUUGACUUUUGCCAAAAGAGCCGUCGUCAACGCAUCAACCAGCGUAACCGUACGGAGCGCCUGAGCGAUUUGCUGGACUGGAAGAGAAUGGGCAUGGAGUACGUCAAGGCUCGCCAGCUGGCACUGAGACGGGCUUACCCAGGCUCUUUCAACGGAGAGGAGGAGGAAGACUUCAUCCCCGGCGUCGAGCAGAAGAUUUCGCGACCCUUCUCGGUCCCUGGAUCUCCUCGCGACCGCACGGGCAUGAUGACGCCUGGCGACUUCGCCAGCUUGCAAGAAGGCAGGGAAGGUUUGAACACGGAGGAUUACGUCGCCUGGAAGUUGCCUGAGGAGGAAGACCCCGAUGAAUACCCGUUCCCGCUUACUCUGCGCGCCAAGCGCCCGUCGGGACCGGCUAGCCCUCUCGAUGGAGUUCAGCUCAACGGCAAUGGCAACUAACGCAUGAAACGCAUUGCCAAGAAGUCACGAAGCACGCCUGACGGACGAGCAACGAAAGUGGAUGGGAAAUGUACAAAAUGCUGUCGAAUGCCUACUGGUUGUUCCUGCACGGACUUUGCAGUAUGUGUGUUUGGUGGACGACGAGUCGCGAUUCACGAUUUUAUAUAGGGAUAUGGACGGAUGUAAUGGAAAUGAGGAGGAACGGGUGGGAGCAAGGCAACAAGGAUAAGACUGAGAGAACGACGGGCUGGCAUUGGGGUCGAGUAUGGAUAUGUACGAGCAGAGUAGCAUAUUUUGAGCAUUAGAUUGGUUCUCGGACAUUAUGUGUUGUCUAUCAGGCAUUUUUCUUGGUUUGGUGCAUCAGGAUCGGUUGGACAUGAAAAGAUGAAAACCGGGUGGCAGCCGCGGCUGGCGGGAGGCGCAAUGCAUCGAGUAUGAUCCGUACGAUAUUUCAUAGGUGCCGGUGGUGCCAAAUUGUUUCGUUUCGAGACGUGAGGAUCGGCUGGGCACCAAGGGUUGCGAUGAUGAUCAGUGAAUCGAUGCGUGCUCGGUGUUUGCUACGCAGUAGAGAGAUCAGGGGGGGAUUGCGGACCCCCUGAGCUGACGGCAGCAAUAGCCAAUCAGAGACGGCGCGGUCCUCCUCCCCCACACCAGCGGUUUGUCGACUCAGGGGUCCCUAGCGCAUGUAGGGCGCCUGUGGGUGGGGAGAAAAGACGCUGAAGGCACGCCGCACGAGGAGGGCACUCUUAGUCGUUAGCACGCAUCAGGGAGCCACUAAAGACAUGCCCUGGACGCCGGUUCCCGCGGGCGCAUCUCUUUGUUGCGCAACGAGGAUGCGUCUUUGUUGGACGGUCGUUGGAUGUGUCUCUCUCUCACUUAUCAUAUACUCGGUGUUCAGUGGGGGGAG